GUGAUUGACUUGUCUUUCUUUUUGUUUUCUUUUGAUGCACUUGUAGUCUAUGGUGAUUAGGAUGGGAUGGUUUUGUUUCUUUUGUUGUCUCUUUGGUGGUUUCCCGUUUUUGGGAUUAACCGGUCCAGUUGAUAAUUUUCAGGCAUUUGAACGGGAGUAUGAUUCUCCAUCCCAGAGGGCUGUGGCUCAGUUUGUUCCAGGGUCUUCAAAAUCAAUGCUCUUUAUGCCUGCUGAAGGUGUUCCUUUUUUUGCAACUCCUUUUCCAAAAAGCAUUUUGGAUCCUCGAGUACUAACUGGUCCUAGUGCAAAACUGCCACCAGCACUGAAGGCUUUGUUGAACCCUAAAUCUCCAAGGCCUGUGAUGACGCUACCCAUAUAUGUCAAAUCUGAUGUGUCUUUGACUUGUAGCCUCUCAAACAUGGUGGUGAGGGUUAAAAAAUCUUUCUUUAGGUUUGGCUGCUCUGAGGCUGACCUUGUUCUUGGUAGUAACUGCAAAAGCAAUGGCAAAGAUGAAGCCACUGGAGACUUGCUCUUUAAUUAUCCUCUGAAUGUUUGUGGUGGUAAAAGAUCAAUGCAUGAGGGCUGUCUGAUGUAUGAGAAUGUUCUCCAUUCCAAACCAGAAAAAGUGCUAGGAGUAAUCCGUAGGAAGCAGCCUGUCAAUAUUGCUCUGAAAUGCUGUUUUUUCAGGUACUACCAUGUAUACAAAGGUGCAGUGCACCCUACCUGGAGUGUCCCCUCUGGUGUGCGGUCCCUUCAUCAUCCUUCUGGCAUGGUUUUGAAGAUAAUGGAUGCUACCUUUUCUAAGCCAUCUGAAGCUAAAUAUCAUUUGGGCCAAGAAAUCCACUUUCAGGCAGUUAGUUACCCCAACAGUACCAGACAAUGGCUCUUCCUUCACUCCUGCUAUGCAACUCCAAAUCCAAAUCCCAAUUCCAGACCACAAUACACUGUAAUUGACAACUAUGGGUGUAUGGUGGAUAGUAAACAGGAAAGCUGCUCCUCCAGAUUUGAGAGGCCAAGGAUGGCUAAUGUCGUCUCCUUUACAGUAUCUGCUUUCCAGUUUAAUGACCACAAGCAGGUUUACUUUCACUGCAAGAUGUUUACAAAGAAAAGCCAAGAUGUGACCAACACUGCCAAGUUCUGCACUUACAACAAAAAACUGGCAAGGUGGCAAGAGCUUGGUGGUCAUGACAGAGUAUGUGAAUGCUGUGACUCGGUCUGUGGCCCUUCAGAAUAUGAAGAAGUUACUGAAAGCCAUGGCCCAGGGGAGGUGGUGGGCGGCCACGACGAGCUCCCAGGGGAGGUGGUGGGCGGCCACGACGAGCUCCCAGGGGAGGUGGUGGGCGGCCACGACGAGCUCCCAGGGGAGGUGGUGGGCGGCCACGACGAGCUCCCAGGGGAGGUGGUGGGCGGCCACGACGAGCUCCCAGGGGAGGUGGUGGGCGGCCACGACUCCAUCCCUGGCAUAGAUGAAUCAAAAGGAUUUUGGCAGUAUUACUGAGGUUCAUCUUGGACAUGAUGCAGACCAAUUGCUACUCUACUAUGCCUCAUGAUGUUAAUGUGUAAUAGCUUUUAAGUUAUCUGAAAACCCUGCCUUAAUGUACAGUCAAUAAAAGGAUUUGUUCCUGC